AUGGCGAAGCAUUCCGCCUCUCGACGUACGAGAAAGGGUCCUAUAUCGCUAUCCGGCAUAUUUGGACGAAAGCGAAAUCCACAAGCCUCUACGUUAAACAAUCAGGAUUCUACCCAGCGACUGACGGGAAAAACACAACCCUCAAAAUGGCUCUACAAAGAGAAAGCCGUGGCCCCGAAAUCUCUGAAUGAGGGACGGCCAAAGCUGCCGACCGGUCAGGACACUGUGCAUCGACUUUCCCGGUCACUCGAACGUACGAAGGACGUGAUUGUUGCAGACGCUUUAGAUUCGCUUUAUAAAGCUGAACAGCUUCUGACUAGCCAGCUUCGCGACGCAAACACGGCAGCUUUGGAAAAGAUUGAGUAUUUGGGGCUCAGUUCAGGUGCCUUGGCCCCAUUUCAAUUAUCAGGUCUGAAAUCUCGAUCGAAGCCAAUGCGCAAACGGUCAUUACUUCGAGAAAAUUCUGCGAAGCGAUUGGGCGAACUCCGCCAGAAAUUAAAAACUAUAGAACACGCUCUCGAGCAACAUUGGCAAGAAUGGACCAUGGUUCAAAAUAAAAUCCUUUGCCUUGGUGCGGAGAUCUUAGGCCCUCGCUCCCAAGACCUUGUAAGCGACGAUAUGCAGAAACUACUCAAAAGAAAAUAUACCCAAGCCAUCGAAAACCAUGAGAAACGGGCAGCUGGGGAAAAAGAGUUGCAAGAAGUAAUGGCUCAACAACGCGAAAGCAUUACGUCAAUAUCGAAAGACACUUUGCAGGAACUGGCAACUCAGGAGAAGGUAAGGCAGUUUGUGAUGGCCUAG